UGCUUGCUUACGGUAAAAUAUAAAAAUAAAUAUUUUUAAGUGACUUCGAGAUCGAGAUGUUUUUAAUUAUAAAAUAAACAAUACAACGAAAUAUACAAUAAUAAGGAUUAUCUCUCCCUAAAAUACGUAUACACCCAUAUUUCACUUGAAACCCCAGACCAUCAUACAUGCAGUAAAAUGAGAGGAGAAAUAAUCCAUCAGAUUUACAUAGCAGAUGGGUUUGAAGAUGAUUGUGACGCGCUCGUCCACCGCUGCCUUCGGGCAGAUAGGCUCAAUUACGAGUCAUUCUGUGAGAUUUGGAAAGAAAUGAAGUUUGAUACCAUUUACACGGGCAGAAGUUCCCUGGUGGAGAUAGCGGAGUUAUCGGAAGAACUGGUGCACACUGCCAAGCGGUUCAUGAUGGCACCUGUCUCCAACUUUGAGGAAAACGUAGCCGGCCUAUUCCUGGUAUAUGCACUUGUCAAUCUCCAACCGUACCCGGGGUUCGCAGUGUUGCGCCUCGUCCCAGAUGAUGUGCCAAUGAUAAAACGGAUUGAAAUGAUUGCAAGAAGAGAGAGAAGGCACGAUGUGCUGUAUAUACUCGGCGCUGUUCUGAUCAAACACAGCCAGUUUCAUGCUGAGCAGCGUGAGAGAGGGAUGGAUAUAGCGUUUAGGAAAUAUUCGGAAGGUUACAUAGGAAUAGAUUCCUCCGGAUUCCGCCCCCGGGGCACGUUCUACCGGCAGAUUGAGGAGUUGGACGUGAUCAGGGAGCUGGCUGCAGUCCAGGACAGAUAUGUGAAGGCUAAGAAAGAUGUCACAGGUGGCAAGUCAAAUCAGAGCCUGUCUUUUAUCAACCAGGCCCUACCAAACGAAUUGGAUGCUUCGCUAAAGAGAAUCAUCAGCGGUGUACCUGGAAUGGAUGAAGACGAUGAAAUCGACGAAGCGGAUGUGCAUUACUCGAAAGUUCAAGCGAUCAAAGAGAAGGCGAUGAGGCAGAGUGCUGGUGCAAUGAGGCAUCUCACUUCAGCUGCGGAAAGGUCUACCGAAAAAUCGGAAUCACCUAAUGUAUCGGAAAUUAAAUCCAAGCCGGGCAAAGUCAAGACGAGUAGUCCGACAAAAACGUUUCUCUCACCGAAGAAGCGGCAAGAACCAUCGCACAAAUCUUCUGAAUCACCGCGGCCCAAAGCCAAUAUUAAGAAGACAACAAAUUCUAAAUCACCAUUGUCUAAAAAGAAAGAGAGCCCUAAAGUCGUACAAACUGCCAGGGCUAGCACUUCCAAACCGCUUGUGAAAAGAAAAUUGUCAAAACCGAAGCGGAAAAUGAAAAAAGCAAAAAGAUAUAUGAGUGAGUCGUCUUCAGACAGCGAUAUAAAUAUAAGCGAUUUAGAAAAAGGCGAUUCAGACGACGAUAUAAACAGCGAUACCGAUUUCGAUUUGACCGCUUUCGAUAAACCCAAACCAGAAGAUGGUAACACGGCUAAUACCCAAAUCGAAAUUGAAAUAGACGAGCUGCCCGCUCAUGUGACUUCAGAAAAAGAUGGAAUGGUUUACGAAAUUGAAAUCAUUGAUAAAUUGGGGAAAUCUGAAGAUGAUGCUGAUAAAGUGAACAGGAAAGAUGAAGGGCCGUCAUCCAGUGCUAAGUUUAAAAAACCUGUUAUCAAUUUGAGCCGUUUGGGAAUUCUGCCCGUGUCUGAUUUCGCAUGUAAGAAUAAUAAAGAUGUUAAAAAAAAGCUAGGUUCUCGCCGCGGCGUUGAAUAGUUUUUGUAAGCCUACUAUGGUACGACUGUACUCGUAAUAUCUCGGGAAUUUUUCGAAAAUCUUGGCUCUUUCGUUAAAUCUCCAAUAAACAUGGAAUGUCCACCUUCAUAUGCUCAUCUCAUAUGCUAAGAGGGAGAUAAAACAUGGAUUUUCAUUUGUGUAGACGACUUUCAUAAGCGUCGUUUCGAAACUAGUUUCGAAGUAAGACAUUGAUUAAGGUGUAAGUCGUAUCAACCAUCUUUUUUAUCCCAGUGGUGUGAAGGGAACGAGAAGAUAUAUGAUGUGUCUAUCAACAUUUGUGUAUGUUGAUAUCAGGUGAUACCAUUAGAU